UCACACUCAGAGCCCGCCUCCUAAUCCUCGGGCGGAGCGGCUCGGGGGCCCCAUUUUAUGGCAAUAAAGCGACUUAGCGCCUGCUGAGCGAGCCCCUCCCCGCCGCCGCCCCCGCCCUCGGCCCCACCCCGGGGCUCGCCCGCAGCGGCGGGGCUUUGUUUCGGGGGAGGAGGACCCGGAGCUCUUUUGUUUGGGGGUUUGGUGUUUUCACCUCCCCCCCACCCCGCUCCCCCAACCCUCCCCCCCUCCGCGCUUCUCCGGUUUCCUGAGCUGCGGGCUGCAAGGGAGGAGAAGCGGCGUCUUGCAACCCCCUCGGCUGGGCCCCGGGGUAAUUCGAUGCGGGCCUGGCGAGGCUCCCCCCGCUAGACCCGGGCUCGCGUCUCGGCAGCCUCCACCCACCGGCCCACCCUACAUUUAGCGCAUCAUGUGAUCCGGAGUCGAGUGGAGCUGACAGCCUCCCAGAUCCUGGAAGGUUUUGUCGGGAUCAAUGUGACUCUGGAAACAAAUGGAUGAAUGAAUAUCCAUAUGAAGAGGAAAACAAAGUUCAACCUCCAGAGCUAAGGAAGAAAGAAACUUGCCUUGUAUUUCCUUCCACGAUUGCAAGUGUGAUGAGUUAUUCCGGCCCCGUAUAAAUUAAUAAUAUCAACACCUUUGAGAACAGAAUGUUAAUGCUUGAUGGGAUGCCGGCAGUCAGAGUCAAAACAGAGCUUUUGGAAUCUGAACAAGGGUCUCCAAACGUCCACAACUACCCCGAUAUGGAAGCUGUUCCCCUGUUGCUAAAUAAUGUGAAAGGGGAACCCCCGGAGGACCCGUUAUGCGUAGAUCACUUCCAGACACAAACUGAGCCAGUGGACUUGUCCAUCAACAAAGCCAGGACGUCCCCCACAGCCGUUUCCUCCUCCCCCGUUUCCAUGACAGCGUCCGCCUCCUCCCCGUCUUCAACUUCAACCUCUUCGUCGUCUUCUAGUCGUCCAGCCUCAUCCCCAACUGUUAUAACAUCAGUAUCUUCAGCAUCAUCUUCGUCAACGGUAUUAACUCCAGGGCCCCUUGUUGCCUCCGCCUCUGGUGUGGGAGGCCAGCAGUUUUUGCACAUUAUCCAUCCCGUUCCGCCUUCAAGUCCCAUGAAUUUACAGUCUAACAAACUGAGUCACGUUCACCGCAUCCCCGUGGUGGUCCAGUCGGUGCCUGUUGUCUACACAGCUGUGCGGUCACCUGGAAAUGUGAACAACACUAUCGUCGUACCACUUUUGGAGGAUGGGAGAAGCCAUGGCAAAGCACAAAUGGACCCCCGAGGCCUAUCUCCCAGACAAAGUAAAAGUGACAGUGAUGAUGAUGACCUGCCAAAUGUGACCUUAGAUAGCGUUAAUGAAACUGGAUCUACGGCCCUUUCCAUAGCCAGAGCAGUACAAGAGGUACAUCCGUCCCCAGUAUCAAGGGUCCGGGGAAAUCGAAUGAAUAAUCAGAAGUUUGCUUGUUCAAUCUCACCAUUUAGUAUUGAGAGCACAAGACGCCAGAGAAGGUCUGAAUCCCCAGACUCCAGAAAACGGCGUAUCCACAGAUGUGAUUUUGAGGGAUGCAACAAAGUGUACACAAAAAGUUCUCACCUGAAGGCUCAUCGAAGGACACAUACAGGAGAGAAGCCCUACAAGUGUACCUGGGAAGGCUGCACCUGGAAAUUCGCUCGUUCGGAUGAACUGACGAGGCAUUACCGCAAACACACGGGAGUGAAGCCAUUCAAGUGCGCAGACUGUGAUCGCAGCUUUUCCCGGUCAGAUCACUUGGCACUGCACCGCCGGAGGCAUAUGCUGGUGUGAGGAAGGCUACCUGUCCAGCUAAGCGUAAGAGCUGGAUCUCUUAGCGGCACCCAAUUCAGCAGGGCUGAAUCCCCUUCACAGUGUUAACACAAAAGGGCAUCACCAUCCCACGAUGUCUGAAAGCAGAGCAGGAAAAAAGAAGUAGUAACACUUCUCCUUUCGGUCUGAAGGUAACCCCCAUCAUGACUACACGAGAAACAACUUCACGCUGGCCUGGGAGAUCGGUGACACAAAUGCUGAAGAGACAGGCAUUGUUUUCCGUGCUGUGUCCUCUGCCAUUUCGAGAUGUUUGUAGUUUGUACAUUUUCUGAGCUGUCAGACGUUUUGUUAUUGAUACUUUAAAGGUCAUCUACCACAAAUUGAUGGCUAGAGCAAGACCUUGUAAAUUUGAAUUAUUCUCCCAUCAUCCCACCCCUGAGCCCGUUUUUACAAAAGUUUGAGUUACUGUCUAAGUAAGAUAGAACCCACUUCCAAUCUGUUACCAGCAAGCAGCCUGAAAGUAGAAAAGAAGAAGCUGUUGGAGAGGUUCCAUUACCUGAAAAGAAAGGAGUGCUCAGGCAGCCCUUUGCAAUAGUGAUGGCCGCCACUAGAUAUCACCCGCAACUUGUCAUUCUGCCAUCCAUGCCCUGGAGAAAACCAACAUUGAUUCUUUCAUUUGUUUGUUGUUGAUCGUUUUUGUUUUGUUCUGCUUCUGUUUUGUUCAUCUGUUCGAGCAGAGGGGCAGCGACAUUUCAGUUGGAGUCUAGUCCCGGUGUCUGCCCCGGCAUGGACGGGCACAGAGCCGUUCUGUAGUUGAAUAGGAAGAGCCUGUCUAAAAAAACUACUGCCCCACUUCAAAUUCAGUGUUCUGUCACCUAGGCAUCAACUCUUCCUGCCCCUAGUAUUUGAUUACAAGGAAUCGGGGGGAGGGGGGGAAACUUUCUUAGACACACUGGCACCAAGGUAAGAGGUGGGGCUGACCAGGCAAAGUCAGUGAACAUGAAAAAAUCAGACAAAGCAGAGAUGGAAAUAAUGCGCCUCUUGAGGAGAAAAGCAAUAACGAAUAAAAGGACUUGCCUACAAUAACUUCACUGAGGACUCAUGUUACCAAUUUUCAUACUUACUAAAGGGAUUGGAAAAAACACCCCAGCAUUUUAGACGUCUUGGUUACAUUUGCAGCACUGAGGUAAUCUUUCUGCUGUUUGUUGUUCUGCUUGGUUGAGGACCACAAUUAAAGAUUAUGCUCCCCCUU